CUGUCCAAAUUGUUGCGAUUGUGACGCUUUUACAAUAAUACAUUAGCACCAUCUGCGAGGUGUCAAGUCAAUAUGAAGUAAAAAUCAUAUGCUUUCAAAAUUAAAAAAUCAAUCCAUUUACUCUGUUUUAUAUUUUUUAUACAGUUUUUGAACGAAAUUGCAUAGUAAUAACGAAUACACACUUUGUCAUUAAAGAUGGUAGCAUUUAUUACUACUGCUUCUUCUCUCUAUUUAUCGGCUGAUUUUUGACUUGUUUGUUUUUAUUUGAUGCGCAGGUGCCAGUGCUCUAGGUCAUUUUAAAAAUUAAGUAGGAGGAGGUUUGAUUUGUAAACAUUCGGAUUCAUAAAAAAAUGUGAAAUACUGCAAACUUAAAUGAUUAAAGAAUAAAUCGGAGCUUAAUUUCACCAUGGCCUUCAAAGUUCAACAGCGCGUCCUCUUUUGGCGUUUUUUAUUUAUUAUUUUGAUUCAAUAGUGACUUUGAUGAAACAGCUGAUUAUAAAUGUUUAGAAAAUGAGGAAGAACCACAAAAGCAAGUUAGCUUGAUAUACAUAUAUUCAUAUAUGUACAUAUUGUUGUAUAUAAUUCUUUUAUUUAACUCUUGUUGAUUCAUAUUUGAUUUAGCGGUGUUUUGUUAUGGAGGACGAUAAAUCUCGGCCAAUAAAACGAUUGAAAUUAAGUUACAAUCCCGAGUGGUAUGCCUCUGCCAUAUUAACUGAUGAAUACUCCAAAGAAGUUCCACGUGUUAGAGUUUACCUAAGCGAAUUGGACAAUAAGCGCCAAAUAUCAAAUGUUAUGCAGGAACUAUCUAAAAUGCUACCUCUGGAACAAAUAAACUUACAGCAUUUAAAACGUGUACGACAACAGGAUAUUCUUUUAUGCAAAGUUAAUGAUUUAAAAGGCCAUAGUGUAAGUCAGUACUUAGAAGCAGUGGGACUUAGUCAUGAUGUGGUUAAUCUUUUGUGUAAAAACAUACGUGAAGGUGAGGUUCCUGCUUUACCGCCCCUGCUCCGUUGGCAAUAUGAGCUGGCGCAAACAUGUUGGCCUUGCAAAUUUCAUCCAGACAAAUAUAUGGAAUCACUCCAAAUUGGUAGCAUAUUUAAUGAAAAUGAGCGAAAAUUUCAUUCAAAAAUUAUGCAUUUGUUGGAAGCUAUUACAAAUGAGUUGGAGCAUAGCAAACCGUGUGGUAUCUGCAUUGAUCCACGAACUAGGGGAGUUGUUGCUUUGGCAAGUAGUGGAACAUCAAUUAGUCCAGUAAUGCAUUGUCCAAUGGUGCUUGUAGAUUUCGUAGCACGUACACAAGAUGGUGGUGCUUGGCGAAAAGAGGUUUCGCAUGAAUUCGAAAAUAUCGACGAAGAUAUUUACAACGAUAUAAAAGUGAAUCCCGUCAUAAGUGGUAUUCCCAAACGGAUUUUGGAAUUUAUACGAACCGAUAAGAGAUUUAAGGAUAUACAAAUUGGUGCAGAAUUACCGAGAGCUAAAAUAAAAUGUGAAGUCAGUGAUACUACUCAAAAUGUGGAUAACUUAGAAAAAUAUGGCCCAUAUUUAUGUACUGGAUAUGAAUUGUAUUUAAGCCAAGAACCGUGUCUAAUGUGUGCUAUGGCGCUUGUACACAGUCGAGUGCGCAGAGUUUAUUUCGUAAAACGCUCUAAUAAUGGUGCAUUGGUUACACGCUUGAAGCUGCACGCAGUCAGGGAGUUAAAUCACCACUAUGAAGUUUUUCAAUGUAAAAAGAUAGACCAAUCAAACAAUGUAAUGUAUAGUUGACGUAUUUAAUUGUUAUAAUACAAGUUUUAUCAUUAACUAGUAAACUUUAUUUGUAUACCAUAUUAUUAUGAAUAUAUUUGAUGCAAAUACAUUUUGUUUUUAAUUCACA